AAAUUUUUAAGAACGAUCGGAUUUAAAAAUAUCAAAAAGAGAUAAUUUUUUCACGAGUUUUUUUUUCUUCAAAAUGACGACUCGAAACGUUUCCAGAAAUGAAGACAGUGAUGACGAGUUCAUGAGUAAACGUAAAAAGUUAACCUCGGGCAUUGAGGAGAGGAUAGAGAAUUUGAUCUGUCGAGUCGGUGAUAAGUCAAUAAAUUCAUCAUUGGAGAGCAAUAUAGAGGGUCUGGCAACAGCUCUCGAGACAGAUAUGUGUAGCUACAAGGCCCAUAUCACCAAAGUCAUAUGUGAAUGCAUUCGAGACCUGCCCGAGAGGGUUAGUGUGUACUCAACGCUGGUCGGCCUGAUCAACUUCAAAAACUACAAAGCGGGCGGAGAUGUAGUUGAUUGCGCAAUGAAGUUCCUGAAAGUUUCAAUAAGGGGUGAGGAGUACGAAGAUGCCUGUACAUUUACUUACUUCUUGUCGGAUCUCGUGAAUUGUAGGGUGGUUAUGACGUCAUCAAUCAUCGAUCUGUACAACACUUUCAUUGAGGCUGCCCUAGAGGAGAACUCCAAUAGACCACGCUCUGAUUGGUUGAUGUACGUUGUGAUGUCAUCGCUUGUUUACUCGGCGCACGAGCUGUCAAUCAAGAAGGAGGCAGACUUUGAUAGGCUGCUGAAGGUCAUUGAGAAAUACAUCAACCAAAGGAAUAAGGAUGUCUAUAUAGCAUUUGCUGUCUGGUGCGCUCCGCAGCAAGGAAGUUUUGAGGAGACAAUCACCACCCGACCUUACGUGGCCUUCGAAGAAAUUUUUCGUGAGGCGCUCCAGCACACCAUACCCCCCCUUUGCAUCCCCUCCCCACUGGUUCCACAGCCCCCCCAAAAGUCAUUAUCUUCAACGUCGUCGUCUUCGCCAUCGCUGGCCACUGAUUCCUUGUACAAGGAGGAAUUCUACCCAUUACCCCGGAUGGUUUUCAGAUUGUUCGACAACUCUGAUCUGCUAGACGAUAUGCCAAGAUUUCCUGACAGUAACUCUAUUGAGAGCGCUGACAUACUGAUCAGAACCACGUUCAGAGUCAAAGUACCCAUAAACUACAUCAUCGUAGAGGCAAUACUUGGCGAGAUAUUUGAACUGCCAAAGGAGCGUCACCUGCCUCUAUUGUAUGGCGCUUUGUUAAUUGAAAUAUGCAAGCAGAGAUCUGCCUUGUUGCCUCAAGUGGGACUAAACGCCAGUCGAAUAGAUGUCUUUGUUCAGACACUCCUUUACCUGGCAUCUAAGACGCUCAGUCACUCAUUCUCCGCCAUCACCAAGUACCACAAGUUGUUGAAAGAUUCGGUGGAGGGAGCUACGAAGCAGGAAACAACGCAGUUGCAAGUUGCGCUACUGUCGUCGCUGCAAUACGUCUGGAAAAAUAGGCCGCAGAUGAUUGAGGUGAUAGUCGACAAAUUGCUGAAAACUCAAAUCAUCAGCUGUUCAUCGGUGGUGGCUUGGGUUCUUUCUGAACCAAUGGUCGCCCAUCUCAAUUGCUUCUACAUCAGCCACAUACUGGCAUCCACACUUGACAAGAUGCACACACAGCUAAGCAAGACUCUGAAGGAGUUGGAAAAUCUCAAGAAACAAUCCUCCACCUACAAAAAGCCGAAGCGACAUCUGGGCGUCGACGACUACAACGACGACGAUGAUGACCGCAAAAAUGAUGACGAUGACGAGAGGAAUGACGAUCAGGACGAUGACGACCUUGACCUCGGUAGGUACAACGUCAAGAGGACUCAGUUCGAUGAUGAGAUAGACGCUGAGGAGAAGAAGGCCCAGCAGCUGAAGCAAGAGAUUAAGAUCAUUCAUUGCCAUAUUAUUAAGAACAUUGUGAACGUUCUAUCUGAUCACAUUCAUCUCUGUGAGAAUGACGGCCUCUCACACGAAGUUCCCAUGUACAAGAUACUCAAGGAUAGGUUGCAGGAAUAUCUCUACAAGUACCACGAGUUCACGUAUCAGUACACUGGGUACUUGAGUACCAGCGUCUUCACUGGAGAUGUUGAUCCGGACAUACUACACAUCUACAACAAUUUCACUAAUCUCUUGGCUCCAGUUUCAAAUUAAAUUUAAUAUAAUUAAAUAAACGAUUAUUAUUUUUUGAUUAUUUUUUUUUAAAUGUUAUUAAUUUCAAUACGUUAUUUUGCUAUUAUUUUUUGUGUUUCAUACAGACACACACACACACAUACACACAUGCAUACACAUACGUUCACAAAUACACAUUUACACACAUUCACACACACACAUUCACACACAUUCGCUUGAGGUUAGGGCACUGAUCUCUGCUCGAAUCGUAUUUCAAUGUCAUUCAUCAUCGUCAUCCUUAAUGUCCUUAUUCAAGUUAACUCUGUUAAAAUGACGCGAUUCAUCUGAAUAUACUAAUGACAAAAUGUUUUAUUAAACUGGUUUAUUAAUAAAAA